AUGCAUGAUAUUAAAACAGCAAUACAGCAACUCACAACAACAAUUAAUCAAAACUCCCAAAUAAACACAAACAUUCAAACUGCACUCAACACAAUUACAACCACUCUCACAAAUCUUACUUCUCAAGUGAGUGAACUCUGCGAGAGUAACAAAGAAAAGGAAAAACAAAUGCAAGACAUGGACAAACGUAUCAACUCUUUGGAGCAAAAACUAUUAAACAAAAACGUAGAGAUUAAAAACAUACCAAAUGUUAAUCUCCCACCAAACAAUGUUGUCAAAACAAUCGCCACAUCGGUAAACGUGAAAAUCAACGAUGCUGAUAUUAGUAAUUCCUAUAUUUUAAAAAAAUCACAAAAAUUGAUUGUUGAGUUCACCUCAUUAAAUAAAAAGAAAGAAUUAUUAAGUAAAAUCAAACGUCAUAGAAUAGAGUCAAAAGUGUUAACUGAUGAUGCCAACGACAAUAAUUAUUUGUACAUAAAUGACCAUUUAACCGCACACAAACGUCGCCUACUAUGCAAUUGUGCCACCUUCCAAGUCUUGAAACAAGCAUACUUUUCUCUAGCUGAAUCAUACAUAAGACAUGGUAUCACGGCUUGGGGCAGCUCCACAUAUUGCAGAAGUCUUCAGCAGUCACAAAAUCAAAUCUUAAAAAUCCUAUUAAAAAAUUAUCAACACAAACAACUACUACAAUAUGAAAUGAUAUAUGGCAACGAUAACAAUGCAAGUACAAACAACACCAGAAAUAUUAACAACAUAAACAACAACACACAUCUCAACACCACAAAUCUCAACAACACAAAUACCAACACAAAUCUCAACAACACACAUCUCAACAACACAAAUACCAACAACACAAACCUCAACAACACAAAUUUAAACAACACAAAUCUCAACAACACAAACCUCAACAACACAAACACCAACACAAAUCCCAACAACACACAUCUCAACAACACAAAUACCAACAACACAAACCUCAACAACACAAAUUUAAACAACACAAAUUUCAACAACACAAAUAUCAACAACACAAAUCUCAACAACACAAAUUUCAACAACACAAACACUAACAACACAAAUCUCAACAACACAAAUCUCAACAACACAAAUCUCAACAACACAAAUUUCAACAACACAAAUCACAACAACACAAACCUCAACAACACAAAUUUAAACAACACAAAUUUCAACAACACAAACACCAACAACACAAAUCUAAACAACACAAAUCUAAACAACACAAAUACCAACAACACAAAUUUCAACAACACAAACGUCAAUACUCAAACGUCAAUUACGCUUAUGUCAACGCCACCUCAAACAUAA